CCUCAGUGCCUGCAGUGCAAACACAGAAAGAGAAAGAGAGAGCGAGGCAGAGAGACAGACAGAGAGAGAGAGAGAGAGAGAGCUUUGCCUACUGAAGACACACAGUCCCUCGCUCACCACACCACAGACGAGUACCAUGCGGAACGCCGUGCUCUUCCUACUCCCGGUGACGCUCCUGCUGAACGCCGUCUCCUCGCGGCCCCUGGCGAGGAAGGAGGAGCGGGGCUCCCAGAUCGGCAGGGGCCCCUACGCCUCCUGGGACGACGUGAACGUGCUGGCCCACGGCCUUCUCCAGCUGGGGCAGGGUCUGAAGGAGCACGUGGAGAAGAACAAGGCCCAGGUCAGGGAGGUCAACGUCCGGCUGAGGAGCCUGAACGGCAGCCUGGUGGAGCUGGCCUCCGCGCGGGGGGUGAAGGGGGCCGGGGCCGGGGUGGAGCUGGAGCUGGAGCGAGGAGAGGGGGUGGUCGCCGGGCUCCGGGCCCAGACGGAGGAGCUGAGGUCGGAGAGGCUGGGUCUGAGGACCAGGCUGGAGAGGGUGGAGGAGAAGGUGAACCGCGGGCUGAGGGACACCUGGUCAGAGGGGAAUUCCAGCGACGACGGAGAUGCCGCCGCCAUCCAGAGAACCCUGGCAGCCCAGAACAGACGCAUUGACGACCUGCUGGAGAAAAUCAGACAGCAGCAGGACAAGCUGGAGAAGCAGGGGCUACACCUACAGGCUCUGCAGACCAAGGUGGGUCAGAGGAGAGCCAAGGUGCACCGACGCAGCCACGAAGACACAGCCCCGAGGGGAGUCCGCCACAGUAACGGUCAACAAACAGCCAGUGCAGGUCUGCCCAAGGACUGCCAUGAGGUGUUCACGUCCGGCCAGAGAGCGAGCGGAGUGUACACCAUCCAGCCGGCCUUCUCCGACCCCUUCAGCGUGCUCUGUGAGAUGAACUCAGAUGGUGGCUGGACUGUGAUCCAGAAGCGCCAAGAUGGAUCCCAGAGCUUCAACCAGCUGUGGGAAAGCUAUCAGAAGGGAUUCGGCCAUCUCAAUGGUGAGUUCUGGUUGGGUCUGGACCGCAUCCACUCCCUGUCCAAUCAGGGGCGGCGCACCCUGCAGGUGCAGCUCUCCGAUAGGACAGGAGCAGAGCAGCUGGUGAACUACCGCUUCCGAUUGGACGGCCCGGAGAACGACUACGCCCUGCACCUCGCGCCGACCAAUCCCGCUGGCGUUCAAGCGGGCGCCAUGGCAACCGGAGCCUCCGGUCUGCCCUUCUCCACCGCGGACCGGGACAAUGACCUCAGUGCGGACGUCAACUGUGCCAAGUCUCUCUCAGGCGGUUGGUGGUUCAGCAGCUGCGGAGAGGGGAACCUGAACGGCCGCUAUCCCAAAAGACAUCUCAACCGGCAACGGUCUCCAAGGCAACAGAUGUCCUGGGCAACCGCAUCAGGCAGCACCCUGACGUCUGUUGUGAUGAAGAUCGCCCCGUUCAGAGACUGAACGGUGUAUGGUGGAGGGAUUGGAAGGAAGACUAGUUUACUAUAGUCUACUGUCUGUCAGCUUACCGCCACUAUGACUCUUUUCACGUUUCAACUCAAGACUUUUGGAUGCUACCAAAAAAAGAAGCAAUGUUUGAUUAUCACUCAUUAGGUUUUCUCCAAUCCCAGUGUGCCAAAGGGAUUUUCUCCUGAAAGCUGACCUAAGAAGCAGCUGUUUAUAUGCUAUGCGAUACAUUACCUCACUGUUUCAGUGGCCUCUCGGUCUCAAUGACUGCCAACUCUGUACGUCCUUUGUAAGGACAAUUCUUAUGAUUCACCGGUUUGAUCAUUCACUGUCAUUUGCUCAUUUUUUAUACUUUGGACUUUUACAGAUAUUGUAUUAAUAUCUGAAUAAAUGUUGAUUACAGA